CUGGCGGCCGCGCUGACGUUCGGCGGCGGCUGCGGAGCGAUGGCGGCGCCGCUGGCGGCUCCGGGCGGCGCCGGGGCCGGGCCCGGGCCCGGGGCGGGGGCGGCGCGGGGCGGGCGCGGGCCGGCGCUGCGGGAGGGGGCGCGGGUGUCGGCGCUGUGCCUCGCCUGGUACGGGCUGAGCGCCGGCGGCAACGUGGUCAACAAGCUGCUGCUCGGCGGCUUCCCGCGGCCCGUCACCGUCUCGCUGUUCCACAUCCUGGGGCUGUGCGGGCUCCUGCCGCCGCUGCUCCGCGCCUGGCGCGUCCCGCCCGCCGGCCCCGCGCAGCUGCCGCCCCGCGCCUACCCCCGCUACAUCCUCCCGCUCGCCUUCGGCAAGUACUUCGCCUCCGUGUCCGCGCACGUCUCGCUCUGGAGGGUCCCCGUGUCCUACGCGCACACAGUGAAAGCCACGAUGCCGAUCUGGGUGGUUCUGCUCUCACGGAUCAUCAUGAAGGAAAAGCAGACGACGAAGGUGUACCUGUCUCUGAUCCCCAUCAUCACUGGUGUCCUGCUGGCCACGGUCACAGAGCUGUCCUUUGACAUGUGGGGGCUCAUCAGUGCACUUGCUGCUACCCUGUGCUUUUCACUUCAGAACAUCUUCUCAAAGAAGGUGUUGAGAGAUUCCCGAAUUCAUCAUCUUCGGUUGCUGAACAUCCUCGGGUGCCACGCUGUGUUCUUCAUGAUCCCAACGUGGGUUCUGGUGGAUCUUUCCUCCUUCUUGGUAGAGAAUGACUUGAGCUCCAUGUCUCAUUGGUCCUGGACCUUGAUGCUGCUUAUAAUCAGUGGAUUCUGUAAUUUUGCCCAGAACGUGAUUGCCUUCAGUAUCCUUAACCUGAUCAGCCCCCUGAGUUACUCGGUGGCCAAUGCCACCAAGAGGAUCAUGGUGAUCACCGUGUCCCUGAUCAUGCUGCGCAACCCCGUCACCAGCACCAACGUCCUGGGCAUGAUGACAGCCAUCCUCGGGGUCUUCCUGUACAACAAGACAAAAUAUGAUGCAAACCAAGAGGCAAAGAAGCAGCAGCUGCUCCCAGUGACCACAGGAGACCUGGUGAACUUGGAACGGCACCGAAACCCUCCUGAAAAGUCCCAAAAUGGACUCACAGCCUUUACCCAGCACGGGGACUUCCAGUACGGCCGCAGCAAUGUCCUCACAGACCACUUCCAGUACAACAGGCAGAACUAUCCAACAUCCUACAACCUGAAUCGUUUUGAUAUUUAGGAUCCUGGCAGACAGGUACAGACUGUGAUAUCAAGAUGUCCCCAGCAUUAUCAGAAAACUUUUAGUACAUCCAUGAAUGUCACAAAGCCAUUGAAGUGUGCAGGUUUGGCAGCAGGGCGGGUGCAUGUGGAGGGGAGUGGUGCAGGACCUGCAGCUGCUGCUGGGCAGAGCUUUAAACCUGGGACAGCCAGACCUGACACUGGAACCAAACCCACAGAGCAGAUCCUGGUGAGGUGCACGUGUCACUGCAGAGUGGAACAUCUGUCACUGCUCCUUUCAGAGUCUGCCAGCUGGUUGUUCUCUUGGCAGCUGAAUUCUGGCCAGUAUCUUGUUUCCAUGCUGGUAGUGUCACCUUUAACUUGUUCUCUAACAACGGUUCAAUGAUCCUUUUAAUGAAGCUUUCAGGAAGAAGUGAAAGCAAGGGGUACUUGUGCUGCUCAGGAUUUGUCUGGGGAGGAUUGACUGAGGUGGAUCAGCUGCAGGCAGGUAAACUCGAGUUCAUCUCCAGCAUCUGUGCAACUUCUUGUGGAUUCACAACUCUUGUGCCUCUGCCUUCAGCCCUGGAUGACAAAGCAGAAGUGUUUCUGGAGGAGUGGGCAGUGGAAGGAUUGAUCCCUCCCAGAACUGCUUCAGGCACAGAAAAACACAGUUCUCCAAAUCACUGGUCAUGGCAAAGAACAACCAAGCCCAGCUGAAAAUCAUCCUUGUUUUCUGAAUCAUGUAGUCCUGUAACUCCAGACAUUGCUAUCCCCUGGCCAUGCAGGAAACUCCUUCACAAAUAAAAGUGUUUGGAAUAAUAUGAUUUUAUUUUUUUACUUGCUUCACACCUGUUCUUUCAAAACUGUUUUGUUGCUUUAAAAAUUGAAAGGUGAAAGGUGUUUUGUUCUGUUUUAUGCAUAAGUUAUGCUCUCUUACAUGUUUUGAAUGCAUUGAUUUGAACAAUCAUCAUUAUUAAUUGUUUCUUAAAACUUUUUAGUCCCUAAUUGUUUGGGUUUUUAAAAUGUCUUAAUUACUGCUGUUGGAGUAGCUGUGUGGAUUUAGUCUGACUUCCACUUCCUGCUGAAAGAAGUUAAAUUUUGUAUCCUGUGCUGUUCCUGCAACUACCCUGGCUCGAAUAGGAAAUGAAAGAAAAACUGAAUCAGAAGUAAACAGAUAAUUUAUGGUUAAGAACUGAUCCAGUAUGAAUUCUAGACAAGGUGAUUGUGUGUGUCAGGUACUGCAUUUGUGCAUGGAAGGGAUGAAACUUGGCUUUCCUUCCCUGGAGUAAAAUUCCUUGGAAUGAAGUGAAACCCAACUUGGAACUUGUGUUUCACUGAAUCAGAAUUUUUCUGUUGUUGCUUUAGUAAAAGAUUUUAGGGCCUUCCUUGCUUCCCAGACUGUUGUACAGUGAGACUUUGCUAGCAUAAGUUUUAUGCUUUAACCAGAGAGGUACCAGACACCAGUGACAAAAUCCAGGGUGUGUCAUAGAACACACCUCUUAUUUAUUGCUUUAAAAUGACCAUUUCCAUGAUGUGAGAUGAUGAUUUGGCUCCUUUCUGGAUAAUAAAGGAUUUAUUUUUAAGUGCACAAUCAAGCUGAACUUAUUCUUUUGGCUGCUGGGGUGGUAGUUACAUGAACAGCCGUCCACCAGAGUCCAAAAGAGGAAAUGGUCCUUCUGAAACUCAAGACAGGGGUUAAAAGUGCUGCAGCUGUGUGUGAGCAGAACUUCUUGCCUUGACUGGAGUUCAUUGUGUUCAUGCUAGUUGAAAAUUUUGGUGGAAAAUCUAAAUGAAUCUGUCCCAAUCAAGGUCAUGAAGAAAUCUUUCCUUCAGAUGAAAUUUCUUUUGCCUGUUCCAGUAUUAAUGUCUGUAUAAUUACUUAUUUUUAAUACAGGGAAAAUGCCAAAUGUGUAUUUCUAGAGCUCAUUUCCCAACAUUUCAAUGCUUUUACCUACAAGUAACAAGGAUUUGGUGGACUCUGGAUUUGGAUUAUGUGCUGACUCUGAUUUGAGGAUGAGAGAUUCAGGCUGAGAUUGUCAGCAGGGGCUGAAGUUCUCCAGCUGCUUUCAAAGGGAGCUGGCUGUGACCUGGUAAAUUCCUGCAAAUGCUGAAUUGUGGUCUUUGUGCCUCAGUUUCCCUUUUGGAAAAUUGAGGUGAUUCUUCUGCAUCACAAGAGGUAAAAUAUGAGGAAAAAAGUGGCAGUGGGGCCCCUGAGAUGUGCAGGCAUCCUCUGAGUUCAUCUGUCCAUCCUCUGCUGUGCCAUGUUCCUGCAACCUCAGCUGCUAUGGGGAGUAAAUAAAAACCAGAUCAGAGACUUUAUUAAAUAUAUUCAGAUUUGUUUCCUUUUAAAAAACAUAACCAAACACUUUUCUGGCAAGUGUUUUCAGAGUAAGCUUGCCUUGCACACUUACCAGGGCAGCUUUUAAGCUCAGCUUUUUCUGUAGUCUUGGCAGCAGCUGAGGGUUUUCUGUUCAGAACUGUCCCAAAUUCCAGUCUGGGGCUCACUCCUGUCUCUGAAACAGAACUCCUGUGCUUGCAGGGACUGGCCCAAAAUGAGGAUAUCCCAUGAGGAUAAUGGGUCCAUUUAGAGCCCAGGGAGUGAAUGUGUUCCCUGGAGAGCUCCUGCUGCUGCAGCCAGGCCUGUGGGCAGCAGGGACGGUUGGGUGUGGUGCAAACUGUAAUUAAAACUGUCAGGUUACACCGGGUGCUUUUGCUGGAUCCCAAAUCCCAGUCCUUAAGCAAUAUUGCCCACAUUCAGGGAAAGGAGCUUCCUGACAUUGCUGGAAUAAACAUUUUAAUCUUGGACCUCUGCAAGUUUUUUUUGUGUGGCCAAGUGAGGUGUUUGUUUUAAGCUGGUUUGUAAAUGAGUGGCGUGUUUGACUCUGUACAUAGGGCUGCAGAAAGGACAGAGAAGCUGGAAUAAAGAGGGCAAAGUCUA